AAAUUUAUUCUUGUGAUACAGACAUUCCCUCCAAAGUAGACAAAGAUACAGCAUCCUUGGAUGUUUUUAAACGGCAUUCAUUUAUUUGGCAAAUGUUCACUGAGUGCCUAGUAUAUGUCAGGCACUGUUCUGGAUACAUUAAUAAUACACAGGUUUUACUUGAAGAUGACUUCAACUUCUGUGGAAAUAAAAUUAGAACCAAGAGUCAACCUGGAGCAAUGAGAUCGAGGUCUCUGCUGUGAUGGGAAGGAUUCUCUGGCUUUCUGGGCCUUGAUUUUCUGGUCCGACAAGUCUAUCUGUCCUGUAGUAUCAUGAUUGAUAAGCAACUGAAGAGUACUUCUGUAAACAUUAAUUCCAACAAGGAUAUGGUAUUUACUUAAUCUCACUUUAAGUUCACUAUCUGUAUUGUGAACCAUUUUGCUUUUAGAAACAUGUGUUUUAAUCCUAAGAUUAGUCCUUGUCCUUUGAAGACUACAGAACUAUCAAAGGCACUGUCAGAAAGGGUCCUUGGGUUAUUACCAAGUAUAUUUGAGUUUCAAAGACCUCCGAUAUCUAUGUGAACUAAGUGAAUGAUACGAUCUGUUACUCAAAAAUCUGGAAAUAUGUCAGAUGCCAAGUAGUUCCCCAUCUAAUUUAGUCAGGUCAUUUGUUCUCUACUCAACAGCAAACAAGACCUGACCUCCAUCAUGAUGUGGGGACAGAGGCUGUGUUUUUGGGGCCCAUCAGGGGCCACCCUUGAUAGGACCAGUGGAGUGUGGAGUACUCAGGUUGAGUUGAGGCUGGGAUGUCUAAAGUUUACAAGAUUAUUUUUCAGCCCUUGAGUUAAGAUUGCUGCAAGGGCUCCAGUGUGAGCCACCAACAUCAUUGAUACCAGCUCUCUGCUUUAGUGGGCUCAUCCAGCCUCAUCCACAAAUAUACUUCAGAAAGAUGGCUGAGACCUGACGGGAGGGAGGAGACUGGGUGGCAGGGGCCAACGGGGAUGCUGUACAGAAGCAGGGCAGGAGGCCAGCAAGUGACUGAAGAUUUCCUCCCUCCGAACUGGCUGGAUCCUUUUGAUGGAGAGUCUAAGACAUCAGCUUAGACACAGACCCGACAGAGAGAAAAGCUUGUCUGAUUUCUCGCUCAUUUCUAGGUAACUCAUGGCAGUUCACCCCACCUCCUGACUUCUCCAGGUUCCUCCACAAAGUGGUUCUCAGAUCUGAAUCCCCCAGCCCUAGAAACAGGAAGAAUAACUUCCUCCCAGUUUAUUUAACAAGAACACACCCAUAGCACUUGCUGUAUGCCAGGCACUGUUACACGUGUUUUAAAGUAUUAAUUUAAUACUUAUUUUAAAAUUCUAUGAUGCGGGCUCAAUUAUUAUGCUCAUUUUACAAGUGAGAAAACUGAGGCAUUGCAAGGUUUAGUGAUUUAUCCCAAGGUCAAAUAAUCAGUGACCAAGCUGGGAUUGGAGCCCAGGCAGCCUGGCUCUAGAAUCCAUGCUCUUGCCCAGUAAACUACACUGCAAAAGAUGCCAUCUGCUCCCCAGGAUUAACCAUUUCUGAAGGUAACUGGCAGUGAAGACAUUUAUUCUCUUCUGGGUAAAGCCCUAUCUUUGCCUACCAAGGUAAAGUCUUGGCCCCUAGACCAUCCCUAGGGGGCCCCUAGACCCCACAUCCAAUGUGGGGAAGUUUUUAAAGUUUUGGAUUAUUCAGACUAAUCUGUGGUCAAUACAGAGCAUCUUUAUUUAAAUACAUAUUCAAGUUAGUGUCAAAAAGAGUGCACAAAGUGCUGCUAGCACUGGAAUUAGAUGUUUCCUUACUGACCUCUGGUAUCUCCUGAUAAUAGGCCCCUCCUGCUUAGUGUUGGGAAAGUCCCAGAUUGAUCUAGACACAACUAACAGCUGAUACGAAAGAUUUGUCCUGGAAUCACAUGUCUCCUCUCUAAAAUCCAGCAAACAGCAAUACUCCCUAAACCUGGAGAAUCUCAUUGUUGCUGACCACAUGCCCAUCACCAAGGAGCCUGCAGGAAAGCCCAAGACAAAAAGGGGAGCAGGUGUCACUGGGUGGCGCCUUGAUCACCAUGAGGGUGUGCCACAGUUCAAAGAGAAACAAGAGAGAAGACCCCAAGGGAGGGCAGUUCUAAUAUCCACUGACUCCACACCCGCACCCCUUAAUUCAGAAAUCCAUCAGACAUGACAAAUUAGAAACUGAUUCUGCUGGUAUGCAAUUCAGAAAGUCUACAUUUGAGGAAAGAUAUAAACAUUGACUAAUGGCUUUUUUAUCUAGGGGUCAUUUCAUUGCUUUUCUAAAUUAUGUAAAUAUCCAAACAUCAAACACUAGAAUUUUUUUUUGCCUUUUCAACUGCAUUUGAUAUCAAAAUCUAUUUCCUUAAUACCUCUGGGUUACUUGCCAUAACUUACACUUGUAAUAAGUAGCAGAAAAAAAUUAAUAAGAAAGCACUGUGAGUGUAAGUUGCUUGCAUAAACUGGAUACAUCUGGAGCUACCAAUUUAGAGAAACUUGUGAAUGGUUCCCCAGAGCACAGAUGUGCAAUGGAUGGUAGAGGAAAGAGGAAGAAGAUAACAGAGCAGGCUGUAUUGCAGCAGACCUCGUGAAUCCCAAAGUGCUCCAAUGUGGAAGUGAGAUCUAGACCCCAGGAUUUAUGAGAUGGAUGUGUCCCCAGGUGUUGUGAGAGAGAAGCCAAGUCACACAGGAAGAGUUCUAAAUGGAAGGGUGUCUCACAGGACAGACUCAAAGAGGACUCAGCAGCUGUCUUCACAUUUUACACUCCCUUUAAUUUGAAGAGUCUCCUCUCUAGCUCCAAAGACAAAGUGAAAGAGACAGAUUUUCAAUACAAAGAAAAACUUAGAAGUCAGCCUAUCAGCAAGUGGAAAGUGUUUUCUUACAGGGCAGUGAAUUCUCCAUUGUAGGUGCUCAAAUGGAGAUAGGAAAAAACCAAGAGUUGGGACAUCAGAAAGUCAUUCUUCUAUGAGACUGACUUUUCAGUCCAUGAGAUUGGACUGAAAAUUAGAAAAUUCUUCAGCUUCCUUGUAUAUCUGAGAUUCCAAUGUCCUGUGAAAAUAAGAGAAUUUGGCUACUUUAUGAAACAGCAAGGUUAAGCAGCCUAAAAACAGUAGAAAAAAACACCAACAAGGUGGGUUAUUUUUUCCUUCCCAAACUCUAAGCAAGGAAACCUAAGAGGAAGAACUGGCCAGCCCAGCCAUAAUAACACCUGGCACCUGGGCAGUGCUUACCGUGGGCCAGGCUCCGGUCUAAAUGAUCUUCAGACCUCAGCUGGGUUGAUUCUGAACAAUUCUCAGUAGUGGCUCCUGAGCAGUGGAACUGGGACUUGAACCCUGGAAAGCUGACUCCACAGCCCCUGCUCUUAAUCACUCCACCCCUGCCGCAGUGCUGUAAGAAUGCAGGGCAUUCAUUUCCUGUGGCUGCUGGAACAAUGGACGGCAGUCUCAGUGUCUUCAAACAACAUAAACAUGUUCUCUCACAGUUCUGGAGGCAGAAACUGAAAUCGAGGUGUUGGCAGGGCCAUGCUGUCUACAAAGUCCAGCUGUUGGUAACCCAGACAUUCCUUGGCUUGUGACAGCAUCACUCCAAUCUCUGCCCCCAUCUUCACAUGGCCUUCUUCCCUCUGCGACUCUUUUCCUUUUCUUUAUAAGGACACCAAUCGAUCGGAUGAGGGCCCACCCUAAUCCAGAAGGACCUCAUCUUAACUGGAUUAUGGCUGUAACAACCCUCUUUCCAAAUAAGGCCACAUUCACAGGUGCCAGGGGUUAGGACUUCAACAUAUCUGUUUGGGGGAUGCAAUUCAACCCCUUACAUACUGUACCAAACUGGAGGCACCUAGAAGUGUUGACUCCAAUUGGUAGCGCAGUCCUUGAGGAAAAUGACGACCCAAGCAAAUGUUUCCUUCCAUCUCUGCUCUACCCCGUUUCAGAUGUUAUAGAAAAAUUACGGGAGGGCAUUGUUCUGGAGUGAGCUCCUGCACUAGGUCCCAACAGACCAAACUAAAGUGGAGUCACUCAUGCUAAGUGCCAUUUAACCAAGCUGAAACUUUAAGAAAGCUGGUGGUCCCCAAAUAGACCAGUUUUUCUUGAAAACAAGAGUCUCAGCAACCCAUCAGAAAGUGUUCAGUCUACCUGAGUCAGAGUAAUAAGGAAGUCCCAUUUGCUUUAACCAUGACGAGAAAAGUAGUCUGAAGUAAGCUGACACUAACCAAUCAACCUUUAAAAUAAUACUGUUUCCUUGUUCCCACCUUACAAAACCACUGUUCUGCCAUUCCCCAGUGGGAACUCUAAUUCUAUUUUAUAGAAUGGAGGCUACUGGAUUCAUGAAUCAUGAAUAAAAGCCAAUUUGAUCUGUAAAUAAUUUUGUCUUUUGACACAAGGAGAACACCACCUCCCCUCUCACAAGCUGUGUUUAUGACAAUGAUGCCAGAGGUAGCCUCUUCACAUCCCUUUAUGAUUCAUUCAGUAUGGCCAAUGAAAAUCUUUUACUAAAAUUGUGCACUUGCUUCACCCUGGGCUCACACAUCUUACUCCUCUGCUGGAGGGCUAGAAGACCAUCCCCUCAAUCCUGGUACUUUUUUUCUUCCUUACCACUGAGUCAGGGAGCUGAGAGGUUUGGAAGUCAGUGGGAAUCCACACAGAGAAAGGACUGGAUUUAGAUUGGGCUGUUUUCCCUCUGAGCUUUGUCCUGUUGGCUUCCCUAUCUCCUCAACACCACCUGCCUCCCGCAUCCACCGACACACACAUCUCCAGAAUGUAACUCUCCUGGCUGACAGGGAAGCACAUUAUUUAUGGCCGUAUUAUCCCCUCUGCUCAAAAACAAAUGAGCUCACCGAAGUGUACACCUGCAUUUAUCUGAGACCAUGUUUAUAAAAUUCAUGAAUAUGGAAAUGGGCAGCCAUCUCCCAGAAUCCCUCACACCAAGAGAACUGGCACUGUCUGCUGUAGGUGUAAACCUCUUCCCUUGAAGGCUCAACAACUUCUACCCAGAAGAAGAAAAGAACAGCAUAUUCUUUCUCAUACACACACACACACACACACACACACGCACACAGUAUAUACCACCAGUCUGUGGUCUUGGAAGCAAAGUUUAAUAAUUGAAUAGCUCAAGCACUAAACUCUUACAUAUUAUUAAGAUACUAUCCUAAUAUGUCUCAUUUGUCAAAGAUGGAAAAGUUUUGAUAUGACAUAAGGGUUUCAAUCCCAAUAGGAAUAUUAAUGGUAACAAUAAAAAUAACAUAGCAACACAGUUUCUGUUGAAUGCCUGCCACAUGCCAGCAACUGCUUUGAUAAUUAAAGAAUUAUAUCUUAUGUUGAUUAUAAUCCUUAUAAUGGCUUCCUGGGUAAGAAAGGUUUAUUCCUGUUUUACAUUUGAGGAGAAGACUAGGGUUCAGAGAGGGUGCAGAAGUGAGUUACACUUUUGCCAACCAGGCCAGAAGAUGAAAGCCGCUGGAUUGGGAAAUGCUUUUGUAUCAAAAGCACAAAAUGAAGUGGCUAGUGUUACUUGUUGGAAAAAAGUUAACUUUGGCAAGCAUAAAUAUAAUUCAGUAUUUGAGCAAUACUUUUAGGAGGGUAACAGAGUGGUUCAUGUGAAUUCUCCAAAAUGCCAUCAUGAAAAUUUUGAUGAUGAAAAUCACCUAAAACUGCUAAUUACCUGUCUUAGCCUGUCUAGGGCUACAAAGUACCAUAUGCCGAGUGGCUCAUAAACAAUAGAAAUUUAUUUCUCACAGUGGAGGCUGGAAGUCAGAGUGCCAGAAUGGUCGAGUUCUGGUGAGGGCUCUUCCAGGUUGCUGUCAACUCUUUGCAUCCUUAGGUGGUGGCAAGAGGGCUAGAAAGUUCUUUGGAGUCUCUUUUAUUGUAUUUUAUUUUUUGGAGACAGUCUCACUCUGUCCCCCAGGCUGGAGUGCAGUGGUGCGAUCUCAGUUCACUGCAACCUCCACCUCCUGGGUUCAAGCAAUUCUCAGGCCUCAGCCUCCUAAGUAGCUGGGAUUACAGGUGCCCACCACCACACCUGGCUAAUUUUUGUAUUUUUAGUAGAGACAGGGUUUUGCCAUGUUGGCCAGGCUGGUCUUGAACUCCUGACCCCAGGCGAUCCACCUGCCUCGGCCUCCCAAAGUGCUGGGAUUACAGGCAUGAGACACCGCACCCAGCCUCUGGAGUCUCUUUUAUAAGGAUACUUACUAUUCUCAUCCAUGAAGGCUCCACUCUCAUGACCUAAUCACCUCACAAAGGCCCCACCCCUUAAAACCAUCACAUUGGGCUUAGGAUUUCAACAUACAAAUUUUGGGGGGACAUAAACUUUCCAUCCCUAACAUUACCCAAAUAGUAUCUAUAUAGUCAUUUCUAAAUAUACACGUAUUUAGAAAUUUCUAAAUAGCCAGUAAACAUACAACUGACUUGGCCUUGAUAUAAAUGUUUUCAUUUUCUUUUAUUUUCAUUCUACAUGACAUAUUUUGGGUAAUUAUAAAAUAAUUAAAAUUAGUUGAUAAAGUAUGGAAUUAGAAUAAAAUAAUUUUCUAUUACUAUCUAAGCCAUGAAAUGAAUUAGGAGAUGCUGUUUUCAGUGAAACGUCUUCUAAUUUUUAAAGUGCAUUGUCCAAUUCCUUUUUAUUUUGUGAAGAUUUUAAAAACUUAAAAAAAGUCUUCAAAUUGUUUGUGCCUUGCAUUUCUUUAAAUCUUAUGUUUACACAUCAUGUGCUGCUAGUUGCUAGUCAUUUUCUCUAUCCCCUGCCCCAGACCCUCUCUUUCUCAGGAAAGGAUAUCCAGGGAUCCGGGUCCCAGUUACUCAAGGAGAUAUAAGAGGAAGUCUACGAGGCUUUCUGGGAAACAUUUUCUUUUUCCAAGAGAGAAGUGUUCAGAGGGAAAAUGUCCUUUCUCAGUUUGGCUCCCUCUUUGUGUUUUAGAUCUGGUCAUGUGAGGCUGCCUGGCUUGGAUUGUGAGGGCAUCUCUCGACAAUGAGGUGACAAGCCUGGGGAGGAAAAUCCACAGGCGAGAAGGCGGCAGAAUGGAGAGAUGGUCCUUCACGACUUCUUUGAGUCACCAGCUCCAGAUUUCCCGCCAACCUCCAGUCUUCUUGUUAUGUGAUCUGAUAUCAUUAUUUACUGCAGAGGCCACUGAGUGGAUGCUCUUACUUGUGUCUGAAAAUCCAGUUCACUAAAUUAAUCAAAAUACGGCACUCUUCUUUUGAAACCUUGCUCCAGAACAAAGUGGAAGGUAAUGAUGGGGUGCUUUUCAAAGUUCCAGGGAGGUGUCCCUACACAGCAGAGAGCUGUCCAAAGGAAUAUAGAUGUUGGCUGCGGGGAGAUUUGAGUUGCUGGACUCAGUCAGAACAGGUGUCCUCUCCCUUAUUUUAUCUUAAACAUGCAUGUCAUUUUUGCAUGCUACUCUAUGCGGUUCUUUCAGCCAGGGAACAUUGCUGAGCACCCGCUCACGUGCUGUAUGGAGCGCAGACUGCAAGGUGCGAGGGGCGGAGGUGAGAUGUGCUAGGCCUGAAUUCAAGAGGGGGAGCAGCCACAGGCCCCGCGAUGCCGGGGUGGCCUCUUGUAACGUUUUAACCGCUGACCUAAGUGGAUCCGCUCCUCUCCCGCCGCCCGCUCCCUGCCUGCAGCACAGGAUGGCGGCUGGCUUUCCCGAGUGGGCGCAGGUGAGCCACGCUUUGCUCUCCCAGGUGAGCCGCGGCUCGCUCUCCCGGUGAGGGCAAGUGAGCCACGCUCUAUGGGAAUCCUUCGAAUCUUCAUUCAAUUUCCAUCGCCUCCUUGUAUUUAUUUGGGAGUACUUUUAAAAAUGAAGCCUAUGCACAAUGAUGUAAUAAGCGUUUAUAGAACACCACUGUUCGGAGCUAGGGCCUAGGUGGCGGUGCCCGGGCCCAGGUGCCGCGCCCACGCCCCGCGCGCCGAACGCACGCACGCACGCACGCACUCACGUACUCACGCACGUACGUACGGCGCGAGCCUGAGGGCGACAGCAGCGCGCAGGCGCACGUCAGUCCCCGCGCUUUUCGGAGGCUGCCAGCGUCCCAGACCAGCCGCAGGAUAGCAGCAUCAAGGAGCAUUGUGUACAUGCAGAAGUGCACAGUACCUGGAAUGAAACUGCUUGUGUUCGAUUUCUGAUACCAUUCAUAACUGGCUGUGUGAUCUCAAAUAAGAAAACUGAAGAACCAGCUGGGCGCGGUGGCUCACGCCUGUAAUCCCAGCACUUUGGGAGGCUGAGGCGGGUGGAUUACCUGAGAACCUCUAAAAUGCAGACCUCCAGCUCUAGAUCUGUGCACCUGAGUGAAUGGCAGAAGAAUUACUUCGCAAUUACAUCUGGCAUAUGCACCGGACAGAAGGCAGAUGCAUACCGUGCACAGAUAUUACGCAUUCAGUAUGCAUGGGCAAACUCUGAGAUUUCCCAGGUCUGUGCUACCAAACUGUUCAAAAAAUAUGCAGAGAAAUAUUCUGCAAUUAUUGAUUCUGACAAUGUUGAAUCUGGGUUGAAUAAUUAUGCAGAAAACAUUUUAACUUUGGCAGGAUCUCAACAAACAGAUAGUGACAAGUGGCAGUCUGGAUUGUCAAUAAAUAAUGUUUUCAAAAUGAGUAGUGUACAGAAGAUGAUGCAAGCUGGCAAAAAAUUCAAAGACUCUCUGUUGGAACCUGCUCUUGCAUCAGUGGUAAUCCAUAAGGAGGCCACUGUCUUUGAUCUUCCUAAAUUUAGUGUUUGUGGUAGUUCUCAAGAGAGUGACUCAUUACCUAACUCAGCUCAUGAUCGAGACCGGACCCAAGACUUCCCAGAGAGCAAUCCUUUGAAACUCCUUCAGAAUGCCCAGCCACCUAUGGUGACUAACACUGCUAGGACUUGUCCUACAUUCUCAGCACCUGUAGGUGAGUCAGCUACUGCAAAAUUCCAUGUCACACCAUUGUUUGGAAAUGUCAAAAAGGAAAAUCACAGCUCUCCAAAAGAAAACAUAGGACUUAAUGUGUUCUUAUCUAACCAGUCUUGUUUUCCUGCUGCCUGUGAAAAUCCACAGAGGAAGUCUUUUUAUGGUUCUGGCACCAUUGAUGCACUUUCCAAUCCAAUACUGAAUAAGGCUUGUAGUAAAACAGAAGAUAAUGGCCCAAAGGAGGAUAGCAGCCUGCCUACAUUUAAAACUGCAAAAGAACAAUUAUGGGUAGAUCAGCAAAAAAAGUACCACCAACCUCAGCGUCCAUCAGGGUCUUCAUAUGGUGGUGUAAAAAAGUCUCUAGGAGCUAGUAGAUCCCGAGGGAUACUUGGAAAGUUUGUUCCUCCUAUACCCAAGCAAGAUGGGGGAGAGCAGAAUGGAGGAAUGCAAUGUAAGCCUUACGGGGCAGGACCUACAGAACCAGCACAUCCAGUUGAUGAGCGUCUGAAGAACUUGGAGCCAAAGAUGAUUGAACUUAUUAUGAAUGAGAUUAUGGAUCAUGGACCUCCAGUAAAUUGGGAAGAUAUUGCAGGAGUAGAAUUUGCUAAAGCCACCAUAAAGGAAAUAGUUGUGUGGCCCAUGUUGAGGCCAGACAUCUUUACUGGUUUAAGGGGACCCCCUAAAGGAAUUUUGCUCUUUGGUCCUCCUGGGACUGGUAAAACUCUAAUUGGCAAGUGCAUUGCUAGUCAGUCUGGGGCAACAUUCUUUAGCAUCUCUGCUUCAUCCUUAACUUCUAAAUGGGUAGGUGAGGGGGAGAAAAUGGUCCGUGCAUUGUUUGCUGUUGCAAGGUGUCAGCAACCAGCUGUGAUAUUUAUUGACGAAAUUGAUUCCUUGUUAUCUCAACGGGGAGAUGGUGAGCAUGAAUCUUCUAGAAGGAUAAAAACAGAAUUUUUAGUUCAAUUAGAUGGAGCAACAACAUCUUCUGAAGAUCGUAUCCUAGUGGUGGGAGCAACAAAUCGGCCACAAGAAAUUGAUGAGGCUGCCCGGAGAAGAUUGGUGAAAAGGCUUUAUAUUCCCCUCCCAGAAGCUUCAGCCAGGAAACAGAUAGUAAUUAAUCUAAUGUCCAAAGAGCAGUGUUGCCUCAGUGAAGAAGAAAUUGAACAGAUUGUACAGCAGUCUGAUGCGUUUUCAGGAGCAGACAUGACACAGCUUUGCAGGGAGGCUUCUCUUGGUCCUAUUCGCAGUUUACAAACUGCUGACAUUGCUACCAUAACACCGGAUCAAGUUCGACCCAUAGCUUAUAUUGAUUUUGAAAAUGCUUUUAGAACUGUGCGACCUAGUGUUUCUCCAGAAGAUUUAGAGCUUUAUGAAAACUGGAACAAAACUUUUGGUUGUGGAAAGUAAGUGGGAUACUUGGAAUCAAGGCAUCUCUGUAGUACAGUCUUCUUUAUUUUUUAGCAUAGAAAGUUGGGGAUGUGUUAAUUGUGUUUUUAAGAAUAUAUUCUAAAUUCUGUACUUCAAAUAAUAGCACAGAUUUUACAUCUGAUUGACAUAGUGUAUGUUAAUGUAAGUUUUGCUUUCCAGUGAUUACCUGAUAUGUAAGCCUAUUUGAACAAAGUGAGGAUGAACUUUUGUUUCUAAGAAGUCUUUAUCUUGAAGCUAUAUAACAUGAAAAGUGAGCUCAAAUUUUUUUUAGUUGAAGAUUACAUAUAAAGUUGUGUCUGAUUAAUAUUCAUCUUUUAUUGAAGAAAGUGCCUUCUGAUGGCCACAUAAUUCUUAAUGUCAGCUAGUAUAAUGGUUUACAUUUGGACAAAGUAUUGCUUAGUGUUAUUUAAGUAGAUUUAAGAUCUCAAAGCUAAAGUGCCAAUUUUUACUUUCUUCAGCCAAUUUGUUACCUCUUUUAUGGUUUUUAAUUUUUAUCAGGACUAACAUUUUCAGAAAUAGCAAGGUGUGAUCUAGUAUUAGAUUCACAGAACUGAAAGGUUAAUUAAGAAUGUUGGUUAUUUUCACGGGAGCGUGUGAUAUUUAACAUUAAUAUUUUAUUUGACACUACAGCCUGUAAUACUGCUCUCUUUCAAAAAUAAGUUUUCAGAUUUUUAUAACAGACCCAUUUUGUUUUAUGAAACAUGUUCAUUACAGAAACAUGAGAAAAUAGAGAUAAGUAAAAAGAAUAAAAGUCACUAUUAUCCUACCACUUUGCGGGACACACUAUUAAUAUUUAAGCAUAGAUUCUUCCAGAUGUUUUGUUUUAUACAGCAGUAGGAUUGUAUAAUGUAUUCUCUCUUGUAGCCUAUUCUUCAAAGCGUAUCUUCACUUUCCAUGUUAACAUAAAUGUCCUUUUAUGAUUGUCUAGGAUUCCAUGGAUGGAUGGACUAUAAUUGAGUCAUCUGGUAGAGCGCAUAUAGGACAGGACGCUAGGUUGUUUAUCUUUUGUUUAUUGUAAAGGAACUAUGUGGGAUGCAUUUGGUGAUCUUUUUAAAAAAUGUAUAAAUUUCUUGAGUAAUUCUUGGAUUAAAGAAUAUGCACUUUUUAAA